AUGGGCCAACAAUUAUCGAAUAUUAAUUUAAAAGCUUACGAUGCGAUUAACAUAGAUGAUGUAGAAAUAAACUAUGAUACGAUCACAUCUCGCAAUGGUGAUGAAAAUAUUCAUUUAUUUUCAUGGAUCAAAACUCCUGAAGACAUGACAACAAAUUCAAUUGGUUUUGAUCAAAUUGCGAGCAGUCACAUUCAAUUAAUGAAACUACUUCGGAGAGAUCUAUCUCUACUAACACAUAAAGCUGAUAUUCUAAAAAUUAAUUCUGAUAUCAACGCAAUACUUAUGACAGAUGUUUUUCCAUUGAUUUCUGUUCGUUGUAAAGAAACCAUUGAAGAAAUUAUAACUAUUAUGAAAAAACAAGAACAACUAAUGUUAAAUAUAUUUUUGAAACAAAACCUAGAAGAAAAUGAAAAUAUUGAUCAGCCUAUUACAAGCGAUUCAUUUCCUGAAACUUUUCCCGAGGAUAUAGACGAAUGUAAUAUCAAUAAUACAAACGAAUCUGAUGAUGACAAACAAGAAAUGGAACAAGCCAAAUUUCAUGUUCAAAAAGUAUCUUGUUUUUCUAUACAAUCAUUAACAUCUUUAUUGAUGAUUUUAAUUAAAUCAACAGAAAAAAAUGAUCCAACAUUUGUUCAAGAACUAUUAACAUUAGCAAUUCAAUUGUGUGAUCAAAUUCCAAUAAACUCUUUUAAAUCGUUCGAAUUCUCACCAAUUAUUGAUAAUUACUGGUUCAAAUCAUUAAAACCAUUGACAAAUUAUAUAAAUGAACUAUCGUUAUCACAAAAUGUCAUGAUGUCAAAUAAAGCUAUAAAAAUUCUAUUAAGUAUUUCUAUUGCAAAAGCAUCAUUUAAAGAUAUUCUACCGAUUCUAAGAAAAUUGAUAUUCAAUGAAGUUAAUGUUUAUAAUGUUCGAAAUUUAUUUAUUCGAUUGAAUCAUACCAUGGUCAGAGCUCUUAAUAAAAUGGAAAAGAAAAAACAACAAAAGAACAAUGAUUCGGAUGAUAAAUUUAAACAAGCCAUAGAUGAUAAUAUAACAUCGAUUGAAUCAAUAGACUAUUUGAAAGUAAUCGGUGCAUUUCCAAAUUCACGAUUAAUUCGAUUAAAUGAAAAAGAAUUUAUUGGACCAUUUGUUGCAUCUAUUAUUUUGGCACACAUUGAUUUUUAUAAUGGAAUUCAUUCAAUUGAACAAUUCAAAGAGGGUUCAAUUGAUAGUUCAAUUUCAUUUGAAUUUCAUUUGGAUACAUUCGAACAAUUGUUUCAUAUUAUCGAACAAUUGAUAACAACCAAACUAGAAGAUUCAAAUAUAGUCAUUCGUCAUAUUCUAACUGUUUGCGUAAGAUUAUUUACUACACAUUUGAAAUUUUUAUGUACUGCAAUAUCAACUCUUGACAGAGAUUUAUUUUCGACAAGUGAUGAAUGGAAAAAAGCCAUUCAAGUUACAUCUACUAAACCAAAAUAUGACAUUGAUUUAUCAAAAUUUUCAAACGAUAAAUUCAAAUUAUGGUUUGAUUUAUUAUUAAAAUUAAUUAGUAAUGACAAUGAAAAUUUAGAACAAAUAAGAAUUUGUCAAGAAGCAUCUAAAGCUAUGAUUUACAUGAUCGAUAAAAAAGUAUCAUCAUUUGUCGAAAAAUUAUCAUUUUUUCAUACAUCUAUUAUUGAAAAUAAAUAUCCUUCAUUAGUUGAACAAAUAUUUCUAGAACUAAAGAAAAGUAUUACCUUAUUAAACUGGAUCGAAGUAUUAAUUAAUGAUGAUGAUACGAACAAGUCUACUGAGAAAACAUUAGCAUCAUCAGUAUUGUAUUCAUUCGUUGAUGUUUGUCUCAAUUCAUCAAAUCAUAUAGAUCCAAAACACAAAGAUCAAAUCAAACAAAUGUUAUUUAUGUUUCAAGAACUUUUAUUAAUUCGAUUAAUAUCACCAUCUCAAAUUGAAACUAUUCUAAAUGAUGACAGAACUCAAAAUGAAUUACAUACAUGUUCGAUUUCUUACGAUGCUAUAUCGUUUGUAAUUAAUUAUCUCACUUAUAUAUUAAAUAAUUGCAACGAUAAUGAUUUAUUGAAUUCAAUAUUUGUUGGUUUGUGUUUAAUAAUAAAAACAGAAAAUAUUUUUAAUUUUAACACAAUUCAACCAAUUAUCAUGGCGCUAUUACCAAUAUUAGUAGAAUAUCUAUUGAAGAAUAUUAUCAAAGAUGAAUAUGAGAAAAAUAAUUUAUAUUCCAUAUGUUGGCUAAUAGGUAAAAUGACUAAUCUAAUGAUUAUUGGUACUGAACAAAAUUUAUCAGAAAUAAAACAUAUUGAUAAAUUGAAAUCCCUUCUAUUUGCUGGUGGAUGUGAACAAAUAAUAAUUGAAAACAAUAAAUAUCUAUUCGAUUUAUACAAAUCGAAUCUUGCUGUUUAUAGUCAAUUUAAAUUAUAUAAUGAAAUGCAACAAUCAUCAUCGUCUUCAGAUGAUGAAGAAUUUUUAAUGUCUGUUUACAAUAAUACUGGUGAAGGUGCACAAUUAAUAUCAAAUAUGAAAGAACAUGUUGGAGAUAAGCAAAAAUUAUUGAAAUCAAUUGAAGAACAAGCAAAUGAUGCAUGUGCCGCUCUAUUUGCUGUUUAUAUUAAAUAUUAUCGUCGAAUUAAUCUUGCUAAAAGACAAUUAUUACAAAUAAAUGAUAAAAAACCUCAUAAUAAACUAUUAUCAAUUUAUGAAUAUGCAAAUGAUAUUAAAAUUUUAUCUGCUACAACAAAAGCACAAGGUGGUAAUUUAGAUGAACUUUAUAAACAAAUUAAAAUGAAUACAUUAUUUCUACUUUUAUAUGUUAAAGAAACAAAUUUAAUACCGAUCAUUGAAGAAGAUGAAGACUUAUCAUCAGCAUCAAUUUUAAUAAAUACACAACCAAGAAAACGUAUAUCAUUUAAACGACAAAUUUCACGAUGGUCAAAAGCUAAACAUGUUCUUCGAUUACUUCGUAAUACAAUUCAAGCAUGUAUUCGAUUUAAAAAAUUAAUUUUAGCUAAAAAACAAACUAAAGAAAUACAUAGUAUUGAAAAUAAUUUAAAUCGAUUGAUUGAUGCUUUUGUUUAUGGGGAUUUUUACAAAAGUACUAUACCAAUAACAAGUGAAGAAAAGAAAUUAGAAUUAGAUGAACUUUGUCAAUGUAUGUCUCGAUACUAUGAACGAGCAAUGAUUCGAUUAAUUACAUAUCGAUUUAUUCAUAAAUUUAUUCAAAAUCUACUAGAAAUUAAUGAUCAAAAUCGUAUUAUAACAAUUUUAAAUCUUUAUUUACCACAUUUAAGAAAUUCAAAUUUCGAAUGGUCCUAUUUGGAAAAUAUUCAAGCAACAAAUAAUCAACUUAAAGAACAAAUUAGUAGUACAUAUUAUUCAAUUAUCAAAACUAUAUUCUCUUUUAUUUUAAAAUUAGUAAUACUAAAACCAAAAUUAUUAGUACAAAACAUGUUCAAUUUACUUAAUUUAUCCUAUGAAUCUAUUGAUCUUUUAUAUUUAAAUCAAAAUCAAUUUUAUGAAAUAUUAUUUGUAUCAUUUAUUAGUUUUGCUAAAGAUUCAGAUCAUAUUGUUUCAUUAGAUACAAAAUUAACUACAUACAAUUGGUUUCGUUUUUAUAUUUUUAAAUUAUGUGAAAUUGUUGAAUUAGAUGAAAUCAAAAGUACAUCGAAUAACAUCAUAAAAAAACAACAACAAUAUAUCUUUAAUAAACUUAUCUUAGAUGAAAUCAAAUCAUUAAACCAAUUAAAACAAUCAUUACCAAUAGAUGUAGAACAGGAUAUUGAUCAAGAGACAAAAAAUCGAAAAUAUUCAUUAAAUAAUGUUGCAAUCGAUUGGUUUAUUAAAGCAACAACAACUAUUGAAAAUAAUAUAUCGAUUCAUUCAAGUAAAUUAUUAUCAAAACUUGACAUUGAACUUUAUACAAAUCAAUUGUUAGUAUUAUUGCUUCGAUGUAAUUAUUUAUAUGAUAGUGUUCGAUCAAUUUGUGCAAAUGUUGAUUAUAUAGAAGAAUUAUUAUAUAUUUAUCGUAGUAGUAAAAAUCAAAUUACAAUUUUACUUGUAUUAAAAAUUUUACGUAGUAUAAUUCCAUUGCUAUCAGAAAAUGAAACAGCUAUUAUUAUUAUGAAAAAUCUAUUAAAUGAACUUUUAUUUUCAAUUGGUAUUAAUUUUACUAAACAGAAUAUGACAUUAGAAAUAAUGAAUGAACUAAUAAAUGUCUAUCGUUCAAUAAUAUCUUUAAAAUCAUCAUGGCAAAUGAUGGCAAUACAACUUAUUUUUAAUAAUAUUGUAUCAUAUGUAAACGAGAUCAAUAUGAAAACAUUGAAAAUAAUUGAUACUAUUGAAAUGACUUAUGUUUUUGCAUCAUUAUCUAUUUUAGGUGGUUAUGUUCCAUCAUAUUGUCGAGGUUCUAUUGUUCAUGUCUAUCCGAAUGAAGAAAGUAAUGAAUUUGAUUUAGGAUUAAUUAUUGAUAUUAAUACAGAGAAUCAAAAUUCUGAUUCAUCUGAAAUCUUACCCUAUUUUAUUCAAUAUUUACAAUCCAAUAAAACUGAAUGGAUUUCAGCAGAAAAAUUACGAAUUCAAAUUGAUAUUCUACCAUCGAAUUUAUUCAUAUCGGCAAAUAUCAAUGAUUCAAAUACUAUGAUACAUUCACUUUUUGAUGCAUUAGGUUAUAUAAUACAAAUUGAUACAUCAACAACAGAAUCUUUAAUAUUAUUAGAACUAAAACGUCGUUCAAUGUCAGCCUUGAGUUAUCUAUUAAAUGAUAAAAAACUUGUCGAAAUAUUCAAAUGA